CCGCGGCCCCUGACAAGUCGAUCCAAGAUGGCGUAGAAAGUAAUGACAGGAUUUCUGUCCCUAAGUCAUGGCAGACAGAAGAUUGGAGAAUUUCUGUGAACAAGCAUGUGAAUCCCUCAGAAGACAAGAGUAUGAAUUGGCCGUGUCCCAUUGUACAGAGGCACUCGUGUCCAUCAGCCACUACAAUGCCACCGCCCCACCGGAGGCCAGCCAAACGCACCUCAACCGCAUCAAGAUCGAGAGCCUUCUUUAUAGAAUUGCCUCUUUUCUGCAGCUUAAGAAUUAUGACCAAGCGGAUGACGAUUGUAAGCUGGUUUUAGGGGCGAACCGGACCCGCCUGGAUGGGUCAGUACAUGCCGUGCUUUGCUGUAUGCACCUGGAGGGCAAGUUGCAGACGUUACUGGGUCUCCUCUCCAAGUCCCUUGUCGGGGAACCACUGAAUGGGAUGGUUACAAAGGAUCUGACCAGAUUAAAAACUCUCCUCGCUGAAAUUGAGGCAGCUAGUAAUACUGUAAGGUCCGGUUACCACGCCGAGGAUCUGGACGAUGGGUCCCAUGACAGGUGGUGUUUUCGCCCCCCGCCUCGAGGAGUUACAAGCAGUGAGGAAUACACUCUAUGUAAAAGGUUCCUGGAGCAGGGGAUCUGCCGGUAUGGAGCCCAGUGCACAUCUGCUCAUUCCCAAGAAGAACUGGAAGAAUGGCAGAAGAGAUACGCAUCCCGGCUGAUCCGACUGAAGCAGCAGAAAGAGAGCACGCAGUUUUCAGGCAGCUACAUGGAAACGCUGAUCGAAAAAUGGAUGAAUUCCUUGUCCCCAGAGAAAGUGCUCAGCGAAUGUGUAGAAGGAGUGCGAGUGGAGUACAGUCCCGAGCUGUCGGUCACGGUUACCACCAAAAAAUCCCAUCAGAUGUGGGCCUUCCUUCUCACCUGUAAGCCUGCAAAGAUCCUGCACCGCGUGGCGUUGCUGUACGACGCACACAGACCUCAUUUCAGUAUAGUUGCUAUAUCGGCUGGAGAUGGAGCCACGCAAGUGUCGCUGGAAGUAUCGGAAAGUUGUCAGGAAUGGGUGGGAGAGAAGACGGUGCAGAACGGAAUCGACCUUUGUGUGUACAAGGUGCUGAUCGCAUUUAACACAGAGAUAUUCGGAACCUUCCGACAAACUGUGGUGUUCGACUUUGGCGUGGAGCCGGUGUUGAUGCAGAGAAUAAUGGUGGAUGCUGCUUCAACUGAAGACCUUGAAUACUUGAUGCACGCUCGACAGCAGCUGCUAACGACUGCCAAGCGCUGGGACUCCAUGUCUAAAACCAUUGUAGAAUUCGAACCUAAUGAAACUACUGAAUUGGAGAGGAGCCUUCUAAGCCGAUACCAGAUUCCCCUGUCUGCCGAUCAGCUGUUUACGCAGUCUGUCCUGGAUAAGUCUCUCACCAAGGGCAACUAUCAAUCCCGCUUACAUGACCUGCUGUACAUUGAGGAGAUCGCACAGUAUAAGGAAGUGAGCAAAUUCAACAUCAAAGUACAGCUUCAGCUGGUGGCCAGCUUCAUGCUGACCGGAGUAUCUGCGGGAGCAAAGUAUGCCCAGAACGGGCAACUCUUUGGGCGCUUUAAACUCACAGAGACGCUCUCUGAAGACACUUUGGCCGGGAGGCUGGUGAUGACCAAAGUUAACGCUGUUUAUUUAUUGCCCGUCGCAAAAGAGAAAUCAGCCCAGAGUCAGGGCACCAAAGAGAAGGUAUACGAAGCGCUUAUAGAAGAGAAAACAAAGGACUACAUCUUCCUGAGAAUAUGUCGUGAUUGCUGCGAGGAACUUCGGCUGCGUGCUGACCGUGAAAUGCAGGUGGAGCUUCAGUUCCAGCUGAACCGGCAGCCUUUGUGUGAAAUGCACUACGCGCUGGACAGAAUCAAAGACAACAAUAUCUUAUUCCCAGACCUGAGCACGACGCCCCCCAUCCCAUGGAGCCCUAACAGGCAAUGGGAUGAGCUUUUGGACCCACGGUUAAACGCAAAGCAGAAGGAAGCCAUCCUGGCCAUCACCACACCUCUCUCCAUACAGCUGCCUCCUGUCCUCAUCAUUGGCCCUUAUGGGACCGGGAAGACGUUCACUUUAGCUCAGGCCGUGAAGCACAUCCUUAAACAACAAGACACCCGGGUCCUCAUCUGCACCCAUUCCAACAGCGCCGCUGACCUCUACAUAAAGGACUAUUUACACCCCUAUGUAGAAACGGGGAACCCCCAGGCCAGACCACUCAGGGUUUAUUUCAGAAAUCGCUGGGUGAAGACUGUCCAUCCGGUGGUCCAUCAGUACUGUCUGAUCUCCAGCACACAUGCCACCUUCCAGAUGCCCCAGAAGGAGGACAUAUUGCGACAUCGUGUUAUAGUGGUUACCCUUAGCACUUCUCAGUAUCUUUGUCAGCUGGACCUGGAGCCUGGUUUUUUUACUCACAUCUUGCUGGAUGAAGCUGCGCAGGCCAUGGAGUGUGAGACCAUCAUGCCUCUCGCUCUGGCAAACAAGCACACCAGGGUGGUGCUGGCCGGAGACCACAUGCAGCUCAGCCCCUUUGUAUACAGUGAGUUUGCCAGAGAGCGAAACCUUCACGUGUCUCUGUUGGACCGGCUGUACGAGCAUUACCCGGUGGACUUCCCGUGCCGGAUUCUGCUGUGUGAAAACUAUCGCUCCCACGAAGCAAUCAUCAACUAUACUUCUGAGUUGUUUUAUGAAGGCAAGCUGAUGGCUAGCGGGAAGCAGCCAGCCCACAAGGAUUUCUACCCCCUGACAUUUUUUACGGCGCGUGGCGAGGACGUUCAAGAGAAGAACAGCACCGCGUUUUACAACAAUGCCGAGGUGUUUGAAGUCGUGGAACGCGUGGAGGAGUUGAGGCGGAAGUGGCCCGUGGCGUGGGGCAAGCUGGAUGACGGCAGUAUCGGGGUGGUUACCCCAUAUGCUGAUCAGGUGUUCAGGAUUCGGGCUGAGCUGAGGAAGAAGCGUCUUUCGGAAGUCAGCGUGGAAAGAGUGUUAAAUGUUCAGGGGAAACAGUUCCGGGUUCUGUUUCUCAGCACGGUGCGAACCCGGCACACAUGCAAACAUAAGCAAACCCCCAUUAAAAGGAAGGAGCAGCUCCUGGAGGACUCGACGGAAGAUCUGGACUACGGCUUCCUCUCCAACUACAAACUCCUUAACACGGCCAUCACUCGGGCCCAGUCCCUGGUAGCCGUGGUUGGUGAUCCAAUCGCUCUGUGCUCUAUUGGAAGAUGCAGGAAGUUUUGGGAGCAAUUCAUCACAAUUUGCCAUGAGAAUAAAAGCCUUCAUGGGAUCACGUUUGAACAGAUCAAAUCUCAGCUGGAGGCCUUGGAGUUAAAGAAAACAUAUGUGCUUAACCCAUUAGCUCCCGAGUUUAUUCCCCGAGCAUUGAGACAGCAGCACUCGGGGAGCGGCUCCAAGCAGCAGCAGUCGUCUCCUCCAAAGGGGAAGGGUCAUCACAAUCAGUCCGACCACUUCCAAGGGGAUGGCCUAGUCCAGCCCAACCCGUCUGUUCUCAUCGGUAACCCUAUCCGGGCUUACACCCCACCCCUGGGGCCACACACCAACCUGGGCAAAUCGCCGAGCCCUGUGCAGAGGAUAGACCCCCACACCGGCACCAGCAUCCUCUACGUACCAGCCGUCUACGGGGGCAACAUGGUCAUGUCUGUGCCUUUACCUGUGCCGUGGCCAGGCUACCAGAGUAGGUUUUCAGUGGAUCCACGUCUCAUGACCCACCCGGCUAUGGCGUACAACAUGAACCUCCUGCAGGCGCAUGGCCGCGGAUCUCCCAUCCCUUUCGGGCUCGGGCAUCACUCUCCUGUUAACGUGGGCCAGCAGCAGACCCAGCCACCUACCCCGCUGUCCGACAAGGAGCCGCACGAACAAAGCAGGAACGGUAAAAGUGAACACAAUCCCGCCGCAGAUCUGAAUAAGCUUCGGACGCCGGAGAAGAAACCUGCGGAGUGUAAACAGGUGGAUUUGGACCCAAACGCACAGACCAGAAGCCCAGAAUCCCGAGCUAAUGCUGGUUUUCUCAAUCCCAAAUUUCACCGGAAAGAUAAUCCAAACCAGAGACAUCUGAACAUCCACCUCACUCCUCCGCAACCCCAGUACCCCGUGCCGAACCGUCACUACCAACACCUGUCCCAGUUACAAAGGCCGCCGUAUGCUUUGCAGCAGCAGAACCAUUUGUCUGAACUGCAAAAUCAAAUACCUCCUCAGCAAGGGCAGGUGGUCCCGCAGCCGCCCCCAGCCUCCCAGCUCUCCCCAGCCUUCCAGCCCAGUCCAAACCACUCCUUCUUCAACAGCCCCAUUCCUCACCGGCCUCAUUCCCCCAGCACAGAAGGCAUGAUUCCCGAGCCCCCACCGCCCCCACCGCCUAUGCUUCAAGAGGUUAACAACCCGCUUCGGUCUGUUGCCCAACACAACCCUUUAUUGUCCUCGCAUAUGAACAAUUUCAUUGAAGACGGCCCUCAAAUGAUUGGUGCUGGGGAGACGUUGGAUCGCUUACAUGGCAACAUAGCCCUGGAAACCUUACGGCAGCAGCAGACGAGGCUACAACAGUGGAACGAACACAACACCUUCCUCAGCCACGGCAACAUCCCCUUCCCUCACCAUCCUCAUCCUCACCUGCAGCAUCUCCCCCAACAAGCAAUGGGAAUCCCCCCGCAGCCGUUACUCCGGCCCAGCUGGAGGCUCCCCAACAAUCCCGAGGAGGAGUCCGAGGCAGCCUAUUCCAGGUUCCAGGAGUUUUUACGUGAAAUUUCCCAGCACGAUCACAGUGAGAACAGGGAGCUCUCGGAAAUGCCUCCUCCGCAGUCAAGACUGUUACAGUAUCGGCAGGUCCAAAACAGAAGCCCACCAGCACUGGCGUCUCCUUCCUCCAACCACAGCGCUCACUUCCCAAACUUCAGCGAGAACAGCCGAGACAUGGAGAUGAGCGGCAACCCAGCGUUUCCCCAGCAUGUAGCCCAAAUGUACAAUGCCCCUUACCCUAUGCCCUCCGGACACCUGACUCCACCACCCCUCAAAUACCUGCAGCACGACGGAUCAUGGACAUACGCUAACUUACAGCAAAAUCCCAUAAUGGGCCAAGGUUUUCACUACGGGAUGACCCCUCUUCAGCACAGACCGCCACCGAACGCCGCGUUCAUACACCAACUGCAAAACCAUCAGCAGGUCGCCGGUCAGGAAGCAUUUCAACCUCCCUCAUCGAGAGCAGUGUCCACCUCUUCACUCCACGGCUUAGAAGAGUAUGAACCUCGAGGGCCCGGCAGGCCGCUGUACCAAAGAAGAAUCUCUGCUAGUUCUGCACACGUCGGUCCGGAAGCGUUAGCCGCUUGUCAAGAAAACCUCGGUCAAUGUAAAGAAGCUCUAGAACACAGUGGCCAGGCCUCGUUCAGCUAUCUGUCCCCCGAGUUAUGGGUCAACGCGGCAUCGUCCGUCUCCUACCAGAACAUUCCGUGCAAUGGAUCCAGCAGACCUCUGCCACCCAGGGACACGUUAGUCGCUCCACCAAAAAUGGCAAAACCUCCCGACGAUCUUUUGAAGGCAGAAAACCUGCAGCUGGCGAGUUCCUUCAACUACAACGUCCUGCAGCACCUCGGCCAGUUCCCUCCUCUAAUGCCCAACAAACAGAUUGUAGAGCCCAGCGGGGCGGCCGCUGUGCAGCAGAGCACUGGCGGGAGCAAGCCCACCAUGUCUUACGCGAGCGCCCUGCGGGCCCCCCCCAAGCCGAAACCCCCUCCUGAGCAGACAAAGAAGAAUAGCGACCCCUUGUCUUUGUUUCAGGAACUUAGCUUAGGCAGUUCGUCAGGUAGCAACGGCUUUUAUUCCUAUUUUAAAUAAAUGCUCUCCUUUUUCGGUUUUGUUUUUAUAAUGCAACUUUUUGGUUUUUGUUUUGUAGAAACGCCCUGUUUUAAGCUUUGGGUAAUGAGUAAAAUUAGGCUCGUCUGUACUCUUUCAGCUAUUUUAUUUCUCCCUUUUCCGUGUGUCUGAAAAGGUACGUGCGAAUGUAUGCAUCGUGUGCAUUAAAAUACAUUCACACGUAUACGUCUGGAUACACAUGAAGGCGUUUGUAUACAGAUAGCACCAUAAUAAGGGGCGACGACGUGUAUUUACGUCGCGUGAAUAUACUUUCGCACCAACCGUUAAAAGCUUUGCUGCUAAAUUUGCAACUAGUUAGAAAAAUUCAAAAACAAAAAAAUAAUUUUGCUAAUUUUAAUGUGGGUCUGACUUUUGACGGCUUUUAUGUAGAACAUUUUUUAAAGUGUCAUACAUGUUGCGUUACAGUUAGCAGCCUCGUUAAAAACUGGGCUAUAAUAUAAAAAAAAAAAAAAAAUAUAUAAACAAACUUUUGUCAAAAUUGUAUUUAAAAAGGAAAAAAAAAAUUGUAAUUAGCCUUUAGGUUUAUUCAGUUAACUUUGGGAUCUCCGCUGGGUUUCUAUACCAGAAAUAGCCAGGCAAUGUAAAUUAUUUUAUUUUUUCUGCUUCCAAAAUUUCUUUCCUUUUUUUAAUUUUUUUUUUUUUUUUAAUAAAGGUGCAGCAACUUCUAAAUAUUUUUGUUUUAUCAGUUUUAUUCAGUGGGGGCGAGCUGCCGUUAUUUUAUGUUUGAAACUAUUUAAUUUAGCGAACGAUCUCUUUCUUGUAUAGGAUGGGAGGAACCAUUUAUAUCACGGGGGGGGUUCGGGAGGCCUCUAUCGGUUUUAACGCCCCUCUGGAUUUUACAAAUCCACUUGUCGUGAGAUUAAUCAUAUUGUCCCCCUCAUUAAAAGUUUCUGAACCCUAAAUAAGAAAAAGAUGAGAAAAAAAUCAGAAUUGUGUGCUUUGUAUGAAAUAUGUAAUUUUUUUUUUUUUUUUUUCAUUUUGCUAUAUUUCUUUCUUUCCUUUGAUGCAUGUGAUGGGAAUCUUGGUAACUUUGUAACAAAGAACAAGAAAUAGAAUUAUGUGGAAUUACGUUUUGGGGUCAGGCUAUUUUUGUCUUUUUUUUUAUUUUUAAUUAUUUUUUUCAUAGAAUAAUAAUCAUUAUCCCUGAAAAAAAAUGUAAUGUGCAAAGCUGAUCAGAAAGCGAUACAUUUCAGAAGGUAAAGAGUUAAAGCUGGGUAUGUUACCCUCCCUGUGGCAAUAUAUAAGCUUACAAUACUGCUUUAUAUACAGAAUCAUGUGUCCUCCUUUUAAAUGUGCAAAAACAAAGCAAAAUUAACAAAAAAAAUAUAUAAA